CAGGACGGGCUGACGUCAGAGAGGGGGCGAUGAGCGCAGCAGCGCAGUGAGCGUCAGGAAGGAGCCCGGGGCGCCCUGCGCGGGGCUUGCGCGUCAGUUCUGAGCGAAGCAGCAGGUGCGUAAGAGCGGGCCCCGGGGCGGGCUAGUGCGGCGGGGGCUCUGCGGUCCUGCCUGGAGCCGGUGCCGUGGCAAGGCGGGCGCGAGCGAGAGUAAACAGAGAUGGCAUUUGUGAAGAGUGGAUGGCUGCUUCGGCAAAGCACUAUUUUACGUCGUUGGAAGAAGAAUUGGUUUGACCUAUGGUCUGAUGGCCAUUUGCUAUUCUAUGAUGAUCAGCAGCGGCAUGACAUAGAGGAUAAAGUCCACAUGCGAGUGCACUGCAUCAACAUCAGAGUGGGAAACGAAUGCCGAGUAGACUUCCAGCCCCCAGAGGGGAAGCCAAGAGACUGUUUGCUGCAGAUUGUUUGUCGGGAUGGGAAAACAAUCAACCUCUGUGCAGAGAGUGCAGAUGACUGCUUGGCAUGGAAAAUUGCUCUCCAGGAUGCUAGAACAAAUGCGGGCUAUGUUGGUUCUGAAGUGAUGUACGAUGAGACUGCAAUUUCCUCCGCUCCUCCCCCAUACACAGCGUACGCUACCCCAUCACCUGAGGUUUAUGGCUACGAGCAGUACAAUGGUGCAUAUCCCCCUCCUGGUCCUCAAGUCAUCUAUGCCUCUAAUGGACAAGCCUAUGCUGUUCCUUAUCAGUAUCCGUACCAAGGACCUUAUGGCCAGCCCGCUGCAAAUCAUGUCAUCAUUCGAGAACGUUACCGUGACAAUGAUGGAGACCUUGCACUGGGUAUGCUCGCUGGAGCAGCGACUGGAAUGGCCCUGGGAUCAUUGUUCUGGGUCUUCUAGAUUCCCUGGGAUCUUUGUCUUUGUAGCUCCAAAAAACCUUUAUUUAUUCUUCCUGUGCAAUAAUAUAUUUUGCAAAGUACUGUUUACUGUAAAGGUUUUUAAUAACACAAAUGCAGGAAUCCCUUUUUUUAGUAGUGACAUCUUAAUUAUAAUUAACCCACUUUUACCUAUCCCAAGGCGAAGGUUUAAAGGCACCAUUUAAUUGAAAUAUGGUUAAAGAUGCACUUGAGAAUUUCAAGAGAGCUUUUUUUAUGGAGCUUGGCUAUCUGACAGAUUUAUAUUCUGCCCAUUGAUCAGUGAUCAGCAUUAGUACCAAUGUACUAUUAUAAGCAAAGAGUUAAGGGCUGUCAUUUGUCACCAGUCUUAAGAAUAGACUGUUAACAUAAAGACUCCAGAACAAAUGGUUAUUUCUAAGCCUUGAAUGGUCUAGCAGCUGGACUAACGCACGCCAGCAUGUUACAGUGCAGUAGCCACUAAGUGUAUUGAAGUCAUGUAUUCAGGGAAUUUAUGCUAUUGACUUCACAAAACACUCCUGAAGACAGAUACCUAGGAUUCUAUUAAUUGUCCCCCUAGGGCGAUCUCCACAUUUCAGUAGCUGGCACCGAAUUUUCGUAAAUAAAUGUGGAGGGUUAUUGCAAUACAUCUGCAGUGGAGUUAGCAUACCCACUUCCCAAACCCAUUUUACAAGACAAAAUUCUCACUAAGGAGAUCGGUAAGAUGAGGAAACACUCCUUAAUUCCUUCUCUGCUAUAAGAAAUUUGAAUGAUUUCAGUACUUGUAAAGCGAGCAAAACGUCUAUUACCAAUACAAGCCUUUAACCUAGUCUGUAAGACUCUAAGCAGUUGGGUCUCAGACUUUAAUAGCAGGGUAAUGAUAUAGGAUGGGGAGAUUCUGGGAUCUGAGCAGAGGUGUUAUUUCCCCAUGCCCAGUCACAAAUACAUGGUGGGGAAGGGGCUGUUGUGUGCAAGGUCCUGCACCUGCGCUCAGCUCUUGUCACUGCUCUUUGUACCAUGUCCAGAGAAGACCGCUGAUCAUAUCCAUCCUUGCAGUGCUGGACCUCGCAGUACCCAUAGGUGUGUGUUAAAAGGGUAAGCUGGAGUUGGUUUGAGGAGGGGACCAUGGAUGAAUAGGAAAAGGGGGAGUAGACAGAAAACAGAUUGAGAGAAAAGGAAAAUGGGAAAGAAACUCUAGUGGACCUUGUAUGCAGGCUAUGCCGUGUGUUUUAUGGUAUGGGCCAGUGUGUCACAGAUGAGCUGUAGAUCCGCUUUCCCUGUCAGUUACUUUACCAUCCCAUCAGUUCCCCAUAGCAAGGUCUUGCCUGGUGGUGGGUAUAUGGAUGCUGUGAUGUCUGGGGAGGUUGUGUGUAUAUAAAACCCAAUCCCUGACAGUGACCAUUAGCUCACCAUUAAAGGAAUUCUCUUCCUGUCACCCUUCCCAUUUAAGAAACCCCAAAGGAGCUGUUCCCGCCUUUGACUGGUUCACUACUGCUGAGUGGUUUCUCAUUCCUGACCAGUUGCAGAGUCCUGCUUUAUAAUACAAACUGAGCUGUACUGGGCAUGGCGGAGGAACCAGUGAGCAGACAUGUACAUGCUUUCUUAUUGGGGAAAAGGUGUAGGGUGCCUAAGCUUUGAUCUUUGUAGAAAGUUAUCUUAUUUUUAUACUUCCGCUAUUUUUGAGCUUCCUAUAACGAUGCUGUUUUAAUAUUUUGAGGCUCUUGCCUCUUUAAGCUUUCAAUUGGAAGUUGAUUAAAAUCCUCAAGGUGUGGAAGCCAGCGUAUGUGAGGGGAAGAUGAAAGUAGAUGGGAUCUAGCAGCCAUAUUAGUUUUUGAUGAGAAGGAAUAAACUUGGCUUAACCUAAAGCUGUAUUGUCUGUCUGGGUUAUGCUGUACAACCAAUAUGGGACUCUUCAACACUUGGGAAAGUUUGGUUAACAGCCAGUGAGAGAGCAAAAUUUUUGUGACUGUGUUGGGGCCAACUGUAAUAAAUGGACACAUUUUAAAAUCCACUGAAAAUUAAUGUUCUAAUGAGACUGAUAUUACCUUGGACGUAUUGCUAAUUAUGGGCCUGAACCAAAGCCUACUGGACUCAGUGUCCUUCAGUGAACUUCAAGGGGCUUUGGAACAGACUGUAUUUUACUAAUUCUGCCCUUAUAUGCAUGUAAUCACUCCUAGUGAACUCAAUGGGCACAGCACAUGUUCAUCCAAGAAAGUGUGUUAUAAGAACGUGUUGUGCAGAAACAACACCUGGCAUUUCAAGAGGAAUAAGCCUAUUAAAAAGAAUGUUUCCCAGAAGGGAAACUGGACCAUGCACCAAUCCAAAAUAUUUGAAAUGAAUCACUGAAUUAUCUCUAAGAGCCCAGUCCUGCAGUGUGCUCAGUAUCUUGAUGCUCAUGACAGAUGAGGGUGCUAAGCUCUUCCCAGGAUCAGGCCGUAAAUGAAUAUUUGUUAAUAUUCCAAGACUUGAUGUUACCAUGGAACUGGUUGUAUCACAGUAGUACAGAACCCUAUUUGGAGCUCUCCAAUCUGACUAGCUGUAUAGAACACCCAUAGAUCACCUAUUCCUAUGCUAUUUUGUGUGUAACAUUAAGAAAAUAAAAACAGCUACAUAUAACCAACUUUUAUGUGUGUUGUUUGUUAGAUUGUAAUGGUGGUGAAAGCAAAGCCCACAAUAGAUCAGUCUAGUAACUUGGCAGUUAUUUUCAAAUUUUUGCAGGGACUGUUGACCACAGCAUGGGAGUUCUGUGUCUUGUGCUGAAAGCACAAAAUUGUAUCUAAGUCCCUGAUUGUAGCAAUAAAACCCAUAAGGAAAAGGAACUCUCUUGCUGUUAGAAUUUUCAUGUGUACAGUUAAGUUAAACUUUAAACUGUUUUUUUAAGACACUGAGUUCUUUCAUUAUGAACUUUCAAAUCAAAAAGCAAGAUGAUCAAACCAAAAAAACCCAGACAUUGCAGAGUAAUACUUUAAAAAGGAAAAUCCUUAAAGAAAAGCUGAAGGGUCCGAUUGGCUUCUAUUGUGGUAGACUGCUUUCAAACAAAAUCUUGGCAGCUGAUUGUACUAAUUAAUCUAAUAGCAUUUGUUUAUAGCUGUUAAGCACACACAUUGAACUAUAUUGGAGCAUAUAAUCAAGAUAUUGGUUCUUCUGGUGCUGGGAAUCAGAACUUUACAGCCUUCCUGUUUAUGAUGGAAGAUCCAGGCAAAGUAACAUUGAGCAGUUAAGCAGAGAUGUCAUGCUUCAGAUAGAGAAGGCUUUGGUGGAUAGCCACCUCAACUUACUCACAGUUAAUAAUGAGAUGGACCAUAUAUAGCAGCCCAUAAAUCCACUUCCCCAAAACACUGGCUUGCAUCUAAUUCCUCAGGAUUAAAGUAACAGCUUUAUUGUAUUGUCUGGGUGGCUACAUGGUAAUGGGUUUUUCUUCCUCCUCCACCAACUCAGAUGUGCUGAGCAUCUGCAGUUUCCAUGGACCGUAAUGGGAACUGCAGGAGCUCGGCACCUGUGAAAGUCUGCUCAUUAAUGAGCAACUCUGCUUAUUGUUUCAGAAAAGCUUAAUAGGGCAGCAGCAGUGAUGAUGAUGAUCUAGUUUGGCUUUGAAUUUUCAAAGCUGGCUGAAAACUUGGUCCUAAACAGACACUUCCUUCUGAAUCGUGGUAUUUGCUGAGGCUCCGAUUCAAACUAUCCCUGUUCAGCAAAUCACUUAGCACAUGCCUUGGUGAACCAGGGCCUGAUACUAGAUUUAUGUAGAUCUGUUGGAGCUAUACAGGUGCUACCGUUCCAUUGAUGAUUUGAUUUUUUUUUUUUCAGAGUAAGUUACUACACUAGGGUGGCAGAAUUGGGUCCAUAGUGACUAAUGUAUGUUCAGCUUAAACUAAAACAUUCGCAGAGACCUUGAGCCUAUGUUGUCAAAUGUGACUUGUGAUUUCUUUAUUUUGGUUUUUGGGACAGUGCCCAACUUGAGAAACAUAAGAGGCCUGAUUUUGAGGGAAAGUGAAUAUUUGCCACUUUAAGAUAUCUUAAGUGGGGCUCCCAAAGUCACUAUUGAAAAUUUAGACCAUAGCCAUUUUAUUAUACACCUCUACCCUGAUAUAACGCUGUCCUUGGGAGCCAAAAAAUCUUACCGCGUUAUAGGUGAAACCGUGUUCUAUUGAACUUGCUUUGAUCCGCCGGAGCGCGCAGCCCUGACCCCCCGGAGCGCUGCUUUAUAUCCAAAUUCGUGUUAUAUCGUGUUGUGUUAUAUCGGGGUAGAGGUGUAUUAAAAGAUUCUGAAAGUCAGUGAGCUGCUAGAGGUGUAUGUGCCUGGGAGCUGGGGAUUAGAAUUAUUAUGGGAAGAGCAGUAGCAAUGUCUGAUUUGUUUUGUUUUUUGGGAAGACGACGUUUCCUUUGUUGUGGAGUGUAUUCUAACCAGUGCUUAGCAGGAUCUGGCUUCCAAAACCAUGGCACAGAACGGUCAGCUUUUUGUUGGGUCUUCACUUCUAGCACCACCUAGCAAAGUUCAACAAGGAAGCAAAAGGGAAAUUUGACCAGUAGGUUUCUCAAGCAUGUCUGGUUUCCUUCCCCCCCCCCCCCCCCCCCCCCAAAAAGAUGUAGAGCAUGUGCUAUGGAUGAUACAGACAUGACACAUAAGACAAUAUAUAGAUAAUAUAGGCUAGUAUCAACAUAAAUUGCUUUCAUUCUAAGGUGCUUUAGUGUUAUAUGUUCUUACCCCAUGCUCUGUAUCUACUGUUGUCCUUUUCCCUUAUGUCUUGUUCUCUCACUAUGCAGUUCUAAAUUUAUAGUGAAAAUUCUUAUCAAUAAAAUACUUACUAAACUGCAA